UCACAAUAAUUUAACCCGUGAUAACGUGAUAAUAUCAUUCAAUGAUCAAUGUGUUCUUUUUAAGUUGAAGUCUUUAAAACUUGAGAAUAUUAUUUAAUUUGCAAUAACGAAACGAAAACUCAAGAAAUAUAAGUCUUUAUGAAUAAUUGUAAAUUGCAAUUUCACAUUUUUUUGCUAUAUAUUGAGCAAUUCUUAAACAAAUUAAAUAUGUAAAAGUUUUAAACCAUAUUUUUUGCUUAUUAGAAAUUCUAAGAAUAUGGAAAGCUCUCUCCAAAAUACUUACAUGAAAACAACUAAUUCUAAUAGUCAUACAGGAAGUCUUGAGUUAAAACCUGAAUUUUCUGUGAGGAUCGUUGUAUGUGAUUCAUAUUUAACAAAACCAUUACCAGGAAUUGAUGUCAUCUACUCCGAAUUUAGAGGAAGCGAUAUAAAACAGGUUCCAAUUCUUAGAAUAUUUGGUUCUACACCAGAUGGAAGGAAAGCUUGCCUUCAUGUACAUGGAGUUUUCCCUUACUUUUACAUACCCUGCCCUACAUCAAGUCCCGAACCACAGUUCUUAUAUCAAGUUGCCGUCAGUCUUGAUAAAGCGCUUAAUAUAGCUCUAAAACAAGCAAAUUCUUCUAAUCAACAUGUGUAUAAAAUUUCCCUAGUUAAAGGACUACCUUUCUAUGGAUUUCAUGAUAAGGAACAUCUUUUUUUAAAGGUAUUUCUUUACAACCCUGGUCUAAUUAAGCAAGCAGUUGAACUCUGCAGUAAUGGAGCCAUACUUGGACAAGUAUUACAACCUCACGAGUCUCAUUUGAAUUUUACAUUGCAAUUUUUUAUAGACUUUAACUUAUUUGGCAUGAGCAAUAUUGAUUUACAAACUGUUAUAUUUCGUAAGUCAUUAUCGACCCAAUAUAGCGAUGAGCCAUCUGAUAGUCCCGAAGAUAUCAGCCUAAAACGUGAAAGUAUUUGUUACUAUGAAGCUGAUUGUGUUGCAUCUCACAUAAUUAACAGACUGCGGAUCGGCAAAGGAGAUGGUAUUGAAAAUCCAGGGCUUGAAGAAGUGUGGAAACAGGAAAUGGCAAGACGUCGGGAAUUGAAUGUAUCAAUAGCCUCAAAAUCAUUGUCACAAAACAGAUUGAUGAGUGACGGAACUGAAACACAUCACAAAUUUAAAACUGUAUUUCUCGCUAAAAUUUCGAAUUUAAUAGAUAAACCAGUUGAAGUUGUGACUGAAAAUAAAGAAUUUGUGCACUACCCUGCUGAAAGCUUGGAAGGUUCACAGUUUUUCAAUGCAACUGAUAUAAGUACACACUUACAUGAUAGUAUUUUGAAUAAUAGUGAAAGUGUAAAUAGAAGUUUAAGAAGAAAUAGCAUAAUAAUAAGUAAAUAUGAAGACACAAUUGUUGAUGAAGACAUUGCACUUAAUAGCAGCUUCUCUGUUCAUUAUAGUCAAGUGAACUUGGACAAUGAUGAUUUGGAAUUAGUUGAUAUGUUACAAGAUUUAGACGAGAAGUCUAUAGAUGAUGAUAGUGUGAUGGGGACCCCAUGUAAUCAAAAUGCUGGAGAUGAUACAAAUGAUGAUGAAUAUUCUCAAGUUUUCAAUGAUGAAACUAUUUACCUAGGAGAUAAAUGUGAAGAUACUUUGAAUGAAGAUUCACCAACUUGGCAUGAUUCGUUUUGGGAAGGUGUUAAUAUUCCACAACUUGAUGGUACAUGUGAUGAUGACCAUGUCAAGAAAGUACGCAAACGAAAAAAGAUACCUCUAAAAUUGGGGUUAUCUAGACCUAAAAUAAAAAAUAAGUCUGAAAAAACCAACAUUUCUCAAAACACUAAAGAGGAAUUAGAUGAAUCAGAAGAAAUCAAUGCAUCUAGAGAAACAAUUGAUAGUAUAUCAGAUUUGCAUCUGAAAAGAGUAAAACCAGAGCAUUCCCAGCCAGAUGGUUCCAGUACCAAUAAUUAUCAAGAAAGUCAAUCUCUUCUUGAUAAUGAGUCUAUUUUCAAUUUAGUAAAUAAAAUAGAAACAGCGACUGUAUAUGAUCUCAAAAACAAUUUUGAACCUGAACCUGGUCCUUCAAAUAUAUCGAUGGUUUCCAAAGUACAAGAACGGAUGUUAUCACUGAGUGAUAGUUUAGCUUCCUCGCCCGAUUGUAAAGAUGGUAUAGAGAGUUUCUACGAUCAAUCAAAAUUCUUUGAUUUGUCAGUUGAAAACGAAAUAAAUGUAGAUCACGACAAUUCCACAAAUUUUAAUAGUUUACCUAAAGAAGAUUAUUCUAAAAAUCUUAAGCGAACCUCUUAUUCUCAUCUUUCAAAUACAUCUAAUGAAUUAAAAAUCUAUAAAACAAGUGAUUUAAUAUUAACACCAAAAAUCCGUCCACCCUCUAGAAGCCAUAUUAUGUUAACUUUAAAAAACUACUCAAUACCAAAACAAAGGAAUCCAGAACCUUAUUUUUCCAAUCCCAAAGAUGUCGGAGAUAAAGUAGAAAUUGGCCAGAUUAUAUUAAAAACUGUCAGCAAGUUAUCACAGGACCAAAAACCCUUUGAAAGAGUCAUAGAUACAACUACCAUCGAAGAAUGGCGCCAACUUCUAUUUUUACAAAGAAAUGAAUUGUCAGAAGGUAACUCAAAACCAGAAACUUUAAAAUCUUUACUGGCUGGCAAUCGUCAAUGCAUUUUGAAACCAAUUAAAUUACCUCCAACAAAAAAAGAAGUUAUAAAGUGGUGUCAUAAGGGAACUGGAGAGAACCAAGAUAAAGUCGAAAAAGACGUAGGCAUUACAGAAAUUAGUAAAAACUUAGACGAAAUGGAGACAUCGCAGGCAAUUGGUUUAAAUGACGAUGAUAUAAACAACAGCAUAAGUUUGGAAGACCAGAGUAAACAGGAAUUGGAUAACACUUUACAAAUCACUAUGCACGCAGAUGGAUCCUUUCUCUGCUUCGGAAAUUCUGAAGUGCAAAAUGAAGCAUCUAUUUCUACUCCUGCUAUUGAGGUAGAUUUUCUAACACUGAUGAUAAUAGAAGUACAUACUAAAGUGAGAGGUGAUAUGUGCCCUGACCCUGCAUUAGAUGAUAUAAAAGCUGUUUUUGUAUCUAUAACAAACAAUUGUCCCGAUAACCAUUUUCUAGCGAAACAACUCACUCAGGUAAUCGUUGUUGAUGACUCGAAAACACUAAAACAUUUUGACAGGUGUAUUUUCAAUGAAAAUGUAUUUUAUGUAAAUACUGAAUUAGAUAUUUUUGAUAAAAUCAUCAAUUUAGUAAAAGAACACGACCCUGAUAUCAUGUGUGGUUAUGAAAUCGAAAUGAAUUCAUGGGGUUAUGUCCUAGAAAGAGCUCAGUUUCUUGGUAUAGAAAUAGUUAAGGAAAUAUCUAGAAUCACUGAAAAGUACCGACAGAAGAAAUGGCGGCACGAUGAGAAUGAAAUGGAAGGCAGGAUUAUUGGCAGAAUAACGUUUAAUGUCUGGCGUCUAUUUCGCUAUGAGUUGGCACUCUCCAGUUACAGUUUUGAGAACUGUAUGUAUCAGAUUUUAAAAGAAAGAGUACCCAAGUACAGUUACUCGCAAUUAUCCGAAUGGUGGAAUCAUGAAUCUCGAAUGUUAAGAUGGAUUCCAGUAGAAUAUUAUUUAACCAGAUUGUCGGGAACUGUAAGAAUGCUUGAGAAGCUUGAUAUGAUCAACAGAACGUCAGAGUUAGCAAGGCUUUUCGGCCUGCAAUGGUGGGAGGUGCUCUCCCGUGGAUCACAAUUUCGUGUGGAAUCUCUUAUGCUUAGAGCGGCGAGACCAUUGAAUUUAGUAGCAUUAUCUCCCACUGUUAAACAAAGGGCAGCUAUGCGUGCACCAGAAUGUUUACCACUUAUAUUUGAACCAGAAUCACGUUUUUAUAAUGACCCCGUAAUAGUGAUAGACUUCCAGAGCCUCUAUCCGUCUAUGAUGAUUGCGUACAACUAUUGCUUCUCCACAUGCAUUGGACGUAUACAAAAUAUUAACGGUAGUACACCAUACGAAUUCGGUGCAUGGCGUCUCCGGAUACCAAGGGAAAAAUUAGAAGCGUUAGCGAAAAACGAUUUAAUACACUGGUCUCCAGUGGGCGUGGGGUUUGUUAAGGCGAGCGUUCGUCGUGGAGUGUUGCCAGCUCUAUUGCGGCGAAUACUAGCCGCCCGACAGGCUGUUAAAAAAGGCAUGAAGAUGCAGACCGAUGAAGCUGUGAAGAAGGCCAUGCAUUCGAGGCAAUUGGGUCUGAAGUUAAUAGCAAAUGUUACUUACGGCUAUACCGCUGCUAACUUCAGUGGACGAAUGCCGUGUGUCGAAGUCGGUGAUAGUGUGGUAUCUAAAGGACGGGAGACUUUAGAGAGAGCCAUCAAACUCGUGAGGGAAGGCAAAUGGAAUGCUAAGGUCAUAUAUGGCGACACUGACUCCAUGUUCGUUCUAGUACCCGGUGGCAGUCGGUCUGAAGCCUUUGAAAUAGGUCAAGAAAUAGCUGAUGCAGUGACAGCAGACAACCCCUCACCAGUAGUUCUAAAGUUGGAAAAGGUAUACCAACCGUGCAUUCUACAAACAAAGAAGCGCUAUGUUGGCUACAUGUACGAGAGUGCAGAUCAAGAGAAGCCAGUGUAUGAAGCGAAAGGCAUUGAAACUGUACGCAGAGACGGCUGCCCUGCUAGCGUUAAACUCCUCCAAAGCUCCCUAUGCGAGUUAUUCGAUACCGGUGACAUAUCACGCGUAAAGAAAAUGGUGAAAAAGGUGCUGUCUCGGUUAGUGGACGGUUCUCUGCCACCUCACGAGCUGUUCUUCACGAGAGAGUAUCACGGAGCUGCUGGGUACAGACCAACAGCUGCUGCACCGCCUAAUGAAAUAGCGAAGCGCCUCAUAAGUCGCGACAGCCGCGCCGCGCCGCGCACGAGCUGGCGCGUGUCGUGGCUGGUGAGCGCGGGCGCGCCGGGCACGCCGCUGGUGCGGCUCGCGCGCACGCCCGCUGAGCUGCACCGCGAUUCCAGUUUAGUGCCGCACGUCGCGUACUACGCGACGCGCUCGAUCUUGCCGCCGCUGCAUCGCUGUUUUUCCUUACUUGGUGUUGAUGUUUUCAAAUGGUGGAACGAAGUAGGUCACACACGCGAGGCGCACACCGGCUGCGGUGCGGUCGGUACGGUCGGUACAGCCGGUGCGGCCGGUACGGCAGGGGCGGGCAUCGCGCGCUAUAUGCAGCGCGGGCGGUGCGCGGCGUGCGGAGCGCGGGGGGCGCGCGCGGUCUGCGCCCGCUGCGCACAGCACCCGCGGCCCGCAGUGGCGAUGCUCGCUUCGAGGGAAAACACUACAAGGGGACACCUCGCUGAUACGCAACUAAUCUGUCGUUCAUGCUGCGGCCACAGUAACUAUUUGAAGUGUAAUAACACUGAAUGUCCUGUGCUUUGGCGUCGGGUUUCCGCACAACAAAAAUUAAAUCAACUCCAAGAUGUUUUUGCAAACCUACCAGAACAAUUUAAUACAAAUAGAUAAUUUUUUUAAAUAAUUUAAUAAAACUGCAAUCAUGGGACAAAAUUUCUUAGUAUUAUUUUAUUUCUUAGUAUUAUAUUAUGUAAAACUU